CGGGACAACGGCGGAGGACAGGAGAGCGGGGAGGCUACCACCAGCUAGUUAUCACCGAAAUACAACCGCUUCCAUUUGUUGCGGGUUACUGAUAUUUCCUUAGAGGGAUUUAUUCAUGUGCCCUUACAUGCUGUGCUGCACUAGCAGCGCGAGUAAGAGAGACACAAGGAUACGGAUUGAACAGAUUUAAGGGAAACGGCUCUGUCUGGGUUUUAAUCGUUUUUUUAUUUAGCCAUCUAUGCGAUUAGAUUUCUGCGUUCUAAAUCAACGACAUUUGACAUCUUUUGUGGGUCUCCUAAGAAAAUAGAGCCUCGAUAACGGGUUUGGAUGGUAGGCCCUCUGCCCCGGACACCAUGAGCACCAUCUCCCCCACUGACUUCGACAGCCUGGAGAUCCAGCAGCAGUACAACGACAUCAACAACCGCUGGGACCUGGCGGCCGAGGCGGACUGGGACAAUGAGAACAGCUCUGCCCGCCUCUUCGAGCGCUCGCGCAUCAAGGCCCUGGCCGGGAUGAUGGAGCUGGAGCAGAAAGACGGCGAGGCCUGUCUCUCCCCGGCCGCCUUUGUGGACCCGGUGCAGUACUCCAACAUACUGGAGGGGAGAUUCAAGCAGCUGCAAGAUGAGCGGGAGGCCGUGCAGAAGAAGACCUUCACCAAGUGGGUAAACUCUCACCUGGGCCGCGUCACCUGUCGCAUAGGAGACCUCUACACCGACCUGCGAGAUGGACGCAUGCUCAUCCGUCUGCUGGAAGUGCUGUCCAGUGAACAGCUGCCCAGGCCCACUAAGGGCCGGAUGCGGAUCCACUGCCUGGAGAACGUGGACAAGGCCCUGCAGUUCCUCAAGGAGCAGAAGGUCCACCUGGAGAACAUGGGCUCCCAUGACAUUGUGGACGGAAACCACCGCCUCACCCUGGGUCUUAUAUGGACCAUAAUCCUACGCUUCCAGAUCCAGGACAUCAGCGUGGAGACGGAGGACAACAAGGAGAAGAAAUCGGCCAAAGACGCCCUGCUGCUGUGGUGCCAGAUGAAGACCGCAGGCUACCAGAAUGUCAAUGUUCACAACUUCACUACCAGCUGGAGGGACGGCCUUGCCUUCAAUGCUAUCGUGCACAAGCACAGAUCCGACCUGAUUGAGUUCGACACCCUGAAGAGGUCCAAUGCCCACUACAACCUUCAGAACGCGUUCAACGUGGCUGAGAAGGAACUGGGCCUCACCAAACUCCUGGACCCUGAGGAUGUCAAUGUCGAUCACCCGGAUGAGAAGUCCAUCAUCACCUACGUGGCCACCUAUUACCACUACUUCUCUAAGAUGAAGGCCCUGGCUGUGGAGGGCAAAAGGAUUGGCAAGGUGCUGGACUACGCCAUCGAGGCGGACCAGCUGAUUGAGAAGUACGAAACCCUGGCGUCGGAGCUGCUGCAGUGGAUCGAGCAGACCAUCUUCACCCUGAACGACCGGCAGCUGGCCAACUCCCUGAACGGGGUGCAGAACCAGCUGCAGGCCUUCAACACCUACCGCACGGUGGAGAAACCUCCCAAGUUUACAGAAAAGGGAAAUCUGGAGGUCCUGCUGUUCACCAUCCAAAGCAAAAUGAGGGCCAACAAUCAGAAGGUCUACAUGCCCCGGGAGGGCAAGCUCAUCUCCGAUAUUAACAAGGCGUGGGAGCGCCUGGAGAAGGCGGAGCAUGAGCGGGAGCUGGCUCUGCGCAACGAGCUGAUUCGGCAGGAGAAGCUGGAGAUGCUGGCGGCCCGUUUCGACCGCAAGGCGGCCAUGAGGGAGACGUGGCUGAGCGAGAACCAGCGCCUGGUCUCUCAGGAUAACUUCGGCCUGGAGCUGAGCGCGGUGGAGGCGGCCACGCGGAAGCAUGAGGCGAUCGAGACGGACAUCGGGGCGUACGGCGAGCGCGUGGCGGCCGUGCAGGCGGUGGCGCGGGAGCUGGAGGCGGAGGGAUACCACGAGGUGCGCAGGGUGCUGGCGCGCCGCGACAACGUGCUCCGCCUCUGGGAGUACCUGAAGGAGCUGCUGGCCUCGCGCCGGGAGAGGCUUCUGGCCCACAGGGACCUGCAGAGGCUGACGCAGGAGAUGAGAUACAUCAUGGACUGGAUGGGAGACAUGAAGGGGCGGCUGCAGUCCCAGGACUGUGGGAGGCACCUGCACGACGUGGAUGACCUCCUGCAGACCCACACCCUGGUGGAGGCCGACAUCUCCGCCCAGGCAGAGCGCAUCCGCGGGGUGCAGGCCGCCGCCCUGCGCUUCACCAGCACUGAGCAGAGCUACAAGCCGUGUGAGCCGGCCCUGGUGAGCGAGAAGGUGGCCCUGCUGGGCCGGGCCUACGACGAGCUGGGCCGCCUGGCGAGCACCAGGCGGGGGCGGCUGGAGGACUCGCGCCGCCUCUGGCAGUUCCUGUGGGAGCUGGGCGAGGAGGCGGCCUGGAUCCGCGAGCAGGAGCAGAUCCUGGCGGGAGGGGACUGCGGGCGCGACCUCACCUCCGCCCUCCACCUGCUGAGCAAGCACGAGGCCUUCAGGGACGAGAUGGCCGCCCGCUACGGGCCCCUGGGCCACAGCAUCGCCGGCGGCGACGCCCUGGUGAGGGAGGGGCACUACGGAGCCCAGGAGGUCACGGAGCGAAUCCGGGACGUCCGCGCACAGUGGGCGCACUUGGAGGAGGCAUCCCAGUUGAGGGAGCAGCAUCUGAAGGAGGCGGUGGCCCUCCACCAGUUCCAGACGGACGCAAACGACAUGGAGGCCUGGAUCAUGGAGACCCUGCGGCGGGUGUCGAGCCAGGAGGUGGGGCACGACGAGUUCUCCACCCAGACCCUGGCCCGCAAGCAGCGCGAGGUGGAGGAGGAGAUCCAGAGCCACCGGAGCCUCAUCGACUCCCUGCACGAGCAGGCUCUCGCCCUGCCCUCGGCCUACGCCCGCUCCCCUCAGGUGGAGGGCCGUCUCCCCGCCAUCGAGCAGCGCUACGAGGAGCUGGAGUCCCUCUCUGCGUCGCGGCGCCAGGCCCUGGAGGGGGCGCUAGCGCUCUACCGCAUGUUCAGCGAGGCGGACGCCUCCCAGCUGUGGGUGGGGGAGAAGGAGCAGUGGCUGGACGCCAUGGAGAUCCCCAACAAGCUGGAGGACCUGGAGGUGGUGCAGCAGAGGUUCGAGACUCUAGAAACUGAAAUGAAUAAUAUGGGCUCCCGAAUCUCUGAUGUGAACCAAGUGGCAAAGCAGCUACUCGACUCAGACCACCGUAGCAAAGGCCAGAUUCACCAGACUCAGGACGGGCUCAAUGACAGGUGGAAGGAGUUUCAGCGGCUGGCAGACAAGAGGAAGCUGGCUCUGGAGUCAGCACUCAACAUCCAGAACUACCACCUGGAGUGCAAUGAGAUCCAGAGCUGGAUGAAGGAGAAGACCAAAGUGAUCGAGUCCACGCAGAGCCUGGGCAACGACCUGGCCGGGGUCAUGGCCCUGCAGCGCAAGCUCACCGGCAUGGAGCGCGACCUGGAGGCCAUUCAGGGAAAGUUAGAUGACUUGCGUAAAGAGGCCAAGAAGCUGGCCAAGGAGCACCCGGACCAGGCCCUGGAGACCCAGGCCCGGCUCGAGGGGAUCCAGGAGGUGUGGGAGGAGCUGAACGCCACCAUGAAGCGCCGGGAGGAGAGCCUGGGCGAGGCCAGCAAGCUGCAGGGCUUCCUGAGGGACCUGGACGACUUCCAGUCCUGGCUGUCUCGCACCAUGACGGCCGUGGCCUCCGAGGACAUCCCCACCUCCCUGCCUGAGGCGGAGCAGCUGCUCACGCAGCACGAGGGCAUCAAGAACGAGGUGGACAACUACAAGGAGGACUACGAGAAGAUGCGGGCGGUGGGCGAGGAGGUGACCCAGGGCCAGACGGACGCCCAGUACAUGUUCCUGGGGCAGAGGCUGCAGGCGCUCGACACGGGCUGGCACGAGCUCCGCCGCAUGUGGGAGAACCGCCACAGCCUGCUGGCCCAGGCCUUCGACUUCCAGACCUUCCUGAGGGACGUGAAGCAGGCCGAGGGCUUCCUCAACAACCAGGAGUAUGUGCUGUCCCACACAGAGAUGCCCUCCAGCCUCGAGGGGGCGGAAGAGGCCAUCAAAAUGCAUGAGGAUUUCAUGACCACCAUGGAGGCCAGUGAGGAGAAGAUUAAUGGAGUUGUGGAUUCUGGACGCCGCCUGGUCAGCGAUCUCAACACCAAUUCCGACAAGAUUCAAGAGAAGGCUGACUCCAUCAAAGAAAGACAUCAGAAGAACAAAGAGGUUGCCAACACACUACUGGCCAAGCUGAAAGACAACCGCGAACUGCAGCACUUCCUGCAGGACGGACAGGAGCUCACUCUCUGGAUCAAUGAGAAGAUGCUGACGGCCCAGGACAUGUCGUACGACGAGGCCAGGAACCUCCACAGCAAGUGGCAGAAGCACCAGGCCUUCAUGGCAGAGCUGGCCUCCAAUAAAGACUGGCUGGACAAGAUCGGCAAGGAGGGGCAGGCACUGGUGAGCGAGAAGCCCGAGCUGGACCCGGUGGUGAAGAAGACGAUGGCGAGCCUGCAGGCUCAGUGGGAGGAGCUGGAGGCCACCACCCAGACCAAGGCGCAGUGCCUGUUCGACGCCAACAGGGCGGAGCUCUUCACGCAGAGCUGCUCGGCCUUAGACUCCUGGCUCAUGAACCUGUCCAGCCAGCUGCAGAGCGACGACUACGGCAAGGACCUGACCAGCGUCAACAUUCUGCUCAAGAAGCACCAGAUGCUGGAGCACCAGAUGGAGGUGCGGGAGAAGGAGGUGCAGGCGCUGCAGUCGCAGGCCCUGGCGCUCUCCCAGGAGGACUCGGGCCUGGCGGAGGUGGACGGCCAGCAGAAGCGCGUAGCGGACAGCUUCGCCCAGCUCCACCAGCCCAUGCGGCAGAGGCAGCAGCAGCUCCUGGCCUCCAAGGAGGCCCACCAGUUCAAUCGUGACCUGGAGGAUGAGCUGCUCUGGGUGAAGGAGAGAAUGCCUCUGGCCACCUCCACUGACCACGGGAAAGACCUGCCCAGUGUACAGCUGCUCAUCAAGAAGAACCAGACCCUGCAGAAGGAGAUCCAGGGGCACCAGCCCCGCAUCGACGACAUCCAGACCCACCGGCGCUCCAUGGGCCCGGGGCGGGAGGAGGUGGACGGGGUGCAGGGCCGUCUGCUGGACCUGCGGGAGUCCUGGGCCCAGCUCAUCGCCGAGACAGACCAGCGCCGCGGGCGUCUGGGGGAGGCCCACCGAGCGCAGCAGUUCUACGCGGACGCAGCCGAGGCUGAGGCCUGGAUGGGAGAGCAAGAGCUGCACAUGAUGUCGGAGGAGAAGGCCAAGGAUGAACAGAGCGCGGUGGUGAUGGUGAAGAAGCACCAGAUCCUGGAGCAGGCCCUGGAGGACUACGCCCAGACCAUCCACCAGCUGGCCAACAGCAGCCGGCUCAUGGUGACCAGCGAACACCCCGAGAGCGAGCGGAUCACUCUACGGCAAGCCCAGGUGGACAAGCUGUACGCGGGGCUGAAGGACCUGGCGGAGGAGCGGCAGGGCCGUCUGCAGGAGCGCCUGCGGCUGACGCAGCUGAAGAAGGAGGUGGACGACCUGGAGCAGUGGAUCGCAGAGAGGGAGGUGGUGGCUGGCUCUCACGAGCUGGGCCAGGACUACGAGCAUGUCACGAUGCUGAGGGACAAGUUCCGGGAGUUUGCGCGGGACACCAGCACCAUCGGGCAGGAGCGCGUGGACGGUGUGAACGCGCAGGCGGACGAGCUGAUCGAGUCGGGCCACCCGGAGAACGCCAGCGUGGCGGAGUGGAAGGACGGGCUGAACGAGGCCUGGGCCGACCUGCUGGAGCUGAUCGACACGCGCACGCAGAUGCUGGCCGCCUCCUACGAGCUGCACCGCUUCCACCAGGACGCCCGCGAGGCGCUGGGCCGCGUGCGCGAGAAGAGGGAGGCGCUGCCCGCCGAGCUGGGCCGAGACCUCAACACCGUGCAGCACCUGCACCGCCAGCACACCGCCUACGAGCACGACAUCCAGGCCCUCAGCGGGCAGGUGAACCAGGUGCAGGAGGACGCGGCGCGGCUGCAGAAAGCGUACGCCGGCGAGAAGGCCGACGACAUCCACCGGCACGAGCGGGCCGUCUCCGAGGCCUGGGAGGCCCUGCUGUCGGCCGGCCAGGCCCGCCGGCUCCUCCUGCUGGACACGGUGGAGAAGUUCCGCUUCUUCAACAUGGUGCGCGACCUCAUGCUGUGGAUGGACGGGGUCAACCUGCAAAUAGACGCCCACGACAGCCCCAGGGACGUGUCCUCAGCAGGGCUGGUCAUUGCUAACCACCAGGACAUCAAGUCAGAGAUUGAGACCAGGGCUGGCAGCUUCACUGCCUGUAAUGAGAUGGGCAACACGCUAAUCAGGAAUAAACACUACGCUGCUGAUGAGAUCCGAGAGAAACUGGAUCAGCUGCAGACCAGGAGGGACGAGAUCAACAAGAAGUGGCAGGACAAAAUGGACCACCUGCAGAUUGUGCUGGAGGUGCUGCAGUUUGGGCGGGACGCCUCGGUGGCGGAGUCCUGGCUGGCGGGACAGGAGCCGCUGGUGCGUGCGGCCGAGCUGGGCUCCAAUGUGGACGAGGUGGAGAGCCUGAUCAAACGGCACGAGGCCUUCGAGAAGCUGGCCGCCGGCUGGGACGAGCGCUUCACCCUGCUGGAGAAACUAACCACGCUGGAGGAGCUUGAGAUCCAGAGAAGGAGAGAGGAAGAGGAGCGGGCACGGCGGCCCCCCACGCCCCCCCCGGCUGAGGAGGUGGCACAAUCUGAGGCAGAGAGCCAAGCGCACGAGUCUGCUGCCAGGACCAGUUUAGACCAGACAACUCUGAACCAAUCCGUGUCUGUGAACGGGGUCCACAGUGACCAAGACACCUCACAGGGGUCGGAGGCAGAGUCUGUGAACGGGCCGGGGCGAGACAGCGGCCUGCCCUCGUCCUCCCGUCUGGACCCGACCGCCCCCUUCGCCACGCUGCCGGGCAGAGGCACCGGCGAACCCCCGCCCGUGGAGACCAUGGAGGGAAUGCUGUGCCGCAAGCAGGAGAUGGAGUCGCACAGCAAGAAGGCAGCCAGCAGAUCCUGGCAGAACGUGUACUGCGUGCUGCGCAAGGGGAGCCUCGGAUUCUACAAGGACAACAAGGGCGCGGCCAACGGAGUGCCCUAUCACGGCGAAGUACCCAUAAGCCUCAACGAGGCCGUGUGCGAGGUCGCCCACGACUACAGGAAGAGAAAACACGUCUUCAAGCUCCGGCUUGGUGAUGGAAAGGAAUUCCUAUUUCAAGCAAAAGAUGAGCCUGAGAUGAGCUCCUGGAUCCGCUCCAUCCUCUCCUCCAUCCCGGCGGGAUCGGGCGGGGCAGGGGACCGCUCCCCGGGGGGGGGUCCGACGGCGCCGAGCCGGGCCAUGACCAUGCCCCCCAUCUCCCCCAGCUCGGGGGAGCCCGGGGCCGUCACCAUGCGCAGCAAAGACGGCAAGGAGAAGGACCGGGAGAAGAGGUUCAGCUUCUUCGGCAAGAAGAAAUAGAAGAAGCAGACCCAAACACAGACGGUUUAAAAACUCACCAGACGCAAAACAAACUGACAGAUGCAGGAAGACCGGAGUGUCCCGUCAACCACAUUGGCUCUCAGCCCCGGACAGCAUGGUGUCCUGGGAGGCUCCAGAGGAGCUUUCUCCUAACCGUAGCGUCUGUGGCCCUCCCAGCUCUCCCGGGGGCCUUGCCAGGACCAGCUCAGUCGGAACAGGAAGCAGAGGGCACUGUGGGACGUUGGAGGGCAGGCGGGUGGCACAGGGCCAAGAGCCAAUUGGAUGAGGACAUCUUAGGGUUUAUUUCUGUUCAGCUCCCAGCCUCUUCUCGGUUCUUUUGAGUUUCAGAAUGGUCCUGCUGCACUCUGGGAACAGUAGUCCGUUCCACAAGGCCGUUAACAACAGAAAGGAUGCUACAUUCUAGGGGCUGUCAAUCCACCUCUCUCUAUGAAAUUGCUUGAAGGACCAUGUUGAUUUUUCUUUUUUUGGCAUUAUUAUUAUUAUUAUUAUUAUUAUUAUUAUUAAUCAUUUUGCUGUUGCAGGUGUAGAGAAAAAGAGUUUGAAGAAUGCGUAACUAUAGAUAACUCGUCAAUGAAAGAAUUGGUAAAACUGUUGGUUACCGCUAUUUUUGUUUGUUUGUAUUUUCCUUUUAUUUUUGUUUUUAGGAAGGCCAGCUUUCAAAGUGUUUUUAAAAGAGAGCAAAGUAAGUUUUUCAGUUAGGUUUUGCAAAAAGUAAUUUAACAAUUACCUAAGUGCAUAAGUGGAAAAUAUAUAUAUAUUUAAAGAGAAGUGGUUUUUAUUAUUUUGUUUUUAUCUUGAAUUUAUUGGUUUUAUUAUUUGGAGAGAAUAUUCAUGCUUUAUUUUUUGGCUUUUCUUUUCUUGAAAACAGGAGAUUAUAUAGUUGAAGUAAGAUUGAGAGUGUGAGUUGUAGUGGAGGUUUUUUAAAUCAGUUUUCUGAUCCGUUUCCUGAAUAAUGGGCAUCUCUAGUAUCGCCAGUUCAUCCUAAUCAACAAGCUUCGGAAAAGGUUUCGCUUCACGGUAGGAUUUUGGUUUGCGCUUAGUUUAUACUGCUAUUUCUAAUUAAACAGGAUUUUUUUAACAAUUUCCUUUUUUUGCUGUUUUUUUGUUUGUUUUUCAGUUUUUUUCAGGCCAUCUGAUAGGCAUGCGUAGUGUACUGUCAAACACUAAAAAUGAAAAUGGAAUAAAAACGCAGGAGAAAGAUAUGGCAGGAAUGUGAGGAGAAGUGCGUGUGAAGGGUUGAAGAGGGGGUAAGCGUUGGAGGGAUGUUGUGGGGGCGUACUGUAGUUGGCGCAGCUGAAUGGGGAUGGAAUGUUCAGUCGUGCACUGCAAGACAAGGGCAAUUACUGAGCGGUCUACUGUCAGCCAAAACAACCGGCUGUCUCCCGCUCUUUACGGAUCUCAUCCGCAGUUAAAAUCCGACCCCUUUUAUUUCGAAGAAAACUAUGGCAGGGAGGUGUUACAAACAAAAGCGUUUUCAAGCGCAUCUUUCACUUUGACCCGGUGUAUUUAUAUUCUGAGAUUCUCCUUCCAUCAUGUGAACGGUAUCACUGGGGAAAGUGCUACCCAUGUCACACAGAAUUUAAAAGUGUGGUUCUGGAGACUUGCUGCUGUGGAUUAAGGAAGUGAGAUAAGGCAUAGCUGGCUUGGUUGGGGUGUAACCAGUAUAAUAAGUUGUGUGCUAGUUUUUCACAGAGCGAGAGAGAGAGAGAGGCAUACUUUUGGUUCAGGAAGACUGCAAGGUACACAUAUUCCUGGCCUAGAAUGACUUUGUAUAAACACUGUAUAUAAGUCUUCUCUGACUCUCAGCUUUGGAGGGAAAUUGCUUUUGUCAGACCUUUUUCAUCUGGGAAAGGAAGCCGAGUUUGGCAUUAUACUAUGAAACCCUCCUGAAGGGUGGAGUAUUAUGCAGAAGGCAUCUGGUGCAGCUCUGUCCUUCCUCCAUCUUGUUUCUUCUACUUCCUGUGGGCAUUUCCACACGUCCUGCUCUUACUUCUGGAAAAUGAAGCGCAAGUUAAUUGGCGACACAAAGCAUUUCUGCUUGUUGCUGAUAUAACCUGGAGCAAAACAAGAAAAGAAUGAUAGAUGCAGUUUCAGGGCUAACUUAAGUAAGGUUUGAGAUUCAUGUGUGCGCUGUGAACACAGUCGCCUCCAGGUGGCUGGAACUAAAUAGUCCUUACUUUGUGUUGAGCCGAAAUGGUGUCUCAAGCGUUCCUGCAACGACGGUGAAUUCUCUCUGUGCCUGUUCUCUUGACGCCGGCGGUGUGAUGUGCAUCGGACCUGCCUCGAGUGUGACAGGCUGCUGUUGGCUCUAGCCCCAUUGGCAGAAGGGCAGCUAUCUGCAGCUCCCAAACAAUACUGCAGGGACCAGAACUAGCCAAAGCUCACGGUUGAAAGACGGUCGCACGAUUGCGACGGCCUCCGGCCUCUCCCGACUCGUACUGCCGAACCGAGACUCUUUCGGCAGCUGUGAUUCAGGGCACACCCCUGCGAAUGUGCACACACACACACACACACACACACACACACACCCAACUAGUCACCAGCAUGAGCCGUCCGCCAUGCCUUCCUCCUCGCCAGUACUGGUGCUCUACACAGCGCCCCCUUGUGUUGAGAGACGAGAACGGCAGCAUUGUCUUCAGAAUUUCAGAAUCGGUGCUUCAGUGGGGCAGUUGGUCUUCUUGUAUUUAAAUUAUCAAGCUGUAAGGCUGGGUGAGUUUGACCGCAAGAUACUUCUGACUGCUUGGGUGUUGUUAGUCGUUAGCUGUGGUCUCUCUAUUUCACAUUAUACGUGCCUCUUCUGAGGUUGCCUCUCUCCUAGCGGCAGAAGUACUGGACUUUCCAUCCCUUCAGUGACCAGCUUCACAAGGUAAGCAGAGAUUUAUGAACAGUAAUGACAUGAGGGAAGCAGGGCUUAGACACAGAAAAUCAGCCAUCCCAAGACUCACAUAUGUGAGUUCUGAAUCACAUGUGCACAGACACAAGGGUUUCACAGUGACUGACACUUUUCAUUCAAGCUGUCAAGUGUGGGCUUUGUCAUUUUCUUCUGUAAUAAAUCUGAUAUGAGGGUGUGCUGUACACCGUCUGGGGUUGUGAUGGGCAAACAUACUGGAGAGAGCGAGAAUCCGUUGUGAGGAGACAAAGGAGCCUAAUUCUGGGUAUACUUUGAAAUGUAAACAUGCAUAUUCAGAAAAACCAAAAUUAAGAAACAGAAUUUUGCUUGAUUUAUUUGCCUCCUUAAUAUAAGUGUUCAGAUUGGUGUCAUAUGUGAACUUGGUGCCACACAAAAAAUAUUCAGAAAAAAAUCUGCAAAGAAAAAUUAUCUUCCUUUAUGAGUAUUAAGUGUGAGCUGAACUAUCUUAUGGGGGUCAGUUGUCUAAGCCAUUUUGCGGUCGUUUUAAGUUUGACUAGUCAGCCUACUGACCCUCUUGCCCCAAAUAUAAUACAUUUUGAAAAUGAUCAGUUCCUUUUUUGUGACACGGCAAGCUGUUAAUACAACUACUACAAUUUAUUAUUAUUAUUAUUAUUAUUAUUAUUGCAACUGUUAGUACUACUACUUCUACUGUUACUACUGGCACUUAUUACUAUGACUUACUGCUGUCCAUUUUCAGGUACAUGUCUGUAAUGGCAGACUUUUCCACAAGAUGUCAGUGUGCUGUGGAGCAUUUUCAUUACAGAUCGAUCGAAAAAUGUUUGUUGACUUGUGUAUCUAUAUCAAAUACAAAAAAUACAAAAUAAAAUAUGGUUUAAAACAAAGCAA